UUGUAAACUCUUUUAAUAAAAAUUAUGCCUCACCAUACUUGAAGCUUCCAGGGCAAGGGGUUGGGAGGCUCAGCCCCUCUUUUAGCUUCUGUGUAGUGCUGGAAGAAGUACUGGUGUCCUGUUUGUACAAGAUCCUGGUUUAGGGCCUUAUUUAUAUCUUUUCCUGCCUUCCAGCUUCAUCCAUCUUAAAUGAGCUACAUGUGGUCACCUGCUUUCAAGCCAAGGCCAGUGGAGCUGAAAUAGGAAAGGAUAGGAUUAAACAGAUAAAUGUGGUUGCUUUGACACCUCAGGCCUAGUGACUAGUUUUAAUAUAUAGUGGAGUUUUAAUGUAUAGGGAAUCCCAGCUGGUUUAGAAGGGCAGUUAUUUAUGGAGAUUUUACAAUUUACCAGAAAGGGGUGUUAGGCAGACCCAUUAGGAUUGUAAUCUAACUGGAAACACUGGAAAGCUUACACUUGACUCAUGGAUGGCUUAUGACAAGCUUCCAGGGCCCUGAUUUCUCCAUGCAUAAAAGGAAGAGAUUCCUUUCUACCUUUCUUUAAAUUCCAAUUGUUUUAGAAAUGAAAGACAAGAUGCCCUUAUUUUUAUAAGGAAUUUUGCUUAGUCAUCAUCUUCAUUGCCCACUCUGUUUACACUUUAGCAAAAAUGCUUUUGUGGAGACUACCAUAAUUUACUCCUAUCCAGAUUAUUUCAAUUCAAUUCAAUAUAGAUUUAUUGAGUCCUUUGUAUGUGCCAGAUACUAUUCUAGGCACUGAAGUUAAAACAGUGCUUAUCUGUCAUAGAGUUUUCAUUCUAGUAGGGGAGAUAGUAAACUUAAAAAGUGAAUUAUAUGUAAUAUGUAGGACAGUGAUAAAAGCUCUGGAGAAAAAUAAAACAGGGAAAGGGGGAUGAGGAGUGCUGAGUUGUAUGGUGAGGGUAGGCCUCACUAGAAGGUGACAUUUGAGCAAAGACUUGAAGGGGGUGAGGGAGUGAGCAGUGCACCCAACUGAGGGAAAAGCCUAGGCAGAGAGAUUGAUCACUUCAAAGGCCCUGAGGUGGAAGCAUGCCCAAUGUGCCUGAGCAGCUAUGGGAGCCUGUUUGGACUGAGCGAGGAAAGAAAGGUGAGAUCAAUUUAUUGGCUCCUAAAGUUCCUUGCAAGCUGCUGAUUGGAGGGUCAGCUGGUGGUGGAUCCUUUGGACUUAGUCACAGAGAACUGACGGACUUCAAGAAUGCAGCUGCUACUACUGGAGGUGCGUGGCACCUUACCUGAGCCUGGCCAUGAGGCCAUGUGUCUAUGAUGUGGGCCCCUCAUGGCCUCAGCAGGAACAGAGCACUACAGUAUUGGCCUCCGCCAGGGAAACAGCUUCAAGCAGAGUGGUCCCUCAGGCACAGUGCCUGCCCCACCACCUGAAAAACUCUCUGAGGGCAGAGUCUGGUCUCAGGCCCAUCAGCAGGUGAAGCCAAUCUGGAAGCUGGAAAAGAAGCACGUGGGUACACUAUCAGCAAGGUCGAGCCCAGGCCCCUUGAGUUUCCCACCCAAGCCAGCAUAUUUCUUUUGCCCUGGCACUUUAUGUAGCUCUGGGACCACAGCUGUCAUUGCAGGCCACGGCAGUUCCUGUUACCUGCACUCUCUUCCAGACUUGUUCAGCAGUACCGUGCUGUAUCGCCGUUCCAACUAUAGACACAAGCCGUACCAGCAACUGGAGUCUUUCUGCUUGCAUUCGUCGGAAAACAGACCUUUUUCUCUCCCUCAAAAGAGCCUCCCUAUCAGUCUCACUGCCAGUAAGGCCACUUCUUCCAUGGUCUUCCCCAUGGCCCAGCCCAUGGCAUCCUCAUCCACAGAUCCAUACCUCUCCUUGGCAGCAGCUGGGGAAAACCCUUCUGGGAAGAGCCUGGCCUCUGCCUUCUCAGGGAAGAUCUCGUCUCCACUGUCCUCCUCCUACAAGCCCAUGCUGAAUAACAACUCCUUCAUGCGGCCAAACACCACUAGCACUAAAGUGCCUUUAUCACAGGCCACAGAGGGCCUGAAGCCAGUAUCCUCCCCCAAGAUCCAGCGGGUCUCCUGGCAUCAUCCGGGGGGGACUGGAGACUGUGUACCCCAGCCUGUUGACUAUAAGGUGCCCAGGAGCAUUGGCACUGUCCUAGAUGAUGCCACUGCCCAUAUCACCCUGUCUACCCCCAGCUCCCUCAACACAUCCACCACCAGUGUUGCCUCUUCCCGGUACAGCUGGAAAAACUUAGCUUCAAGGGCAGAGCCACAUCCCUGUGGCCAGGAGGACAGCUCUGAUUCCCAGGCUCCAACUAAAGAGAUUCGGUUCACUGAGGCUGUGAGGAAGUUGACUGCAAGGGGCUUUGAGAAGAUGCCAAGGCAAGACUGCCAGCUUGAACAGUCUUGUUUUGUGAACCCCAGCUUCCAGUGGAACCUCCACAACAGGAACAGGCGGUGGAAACCUCCUGGGGUAGGCCAGCAGUUUCCUCAGGAGGAUGCUGGAUCAGACGGUAGGAUCCUUCCUGGUGCCUCAGACACCUUGGGGUUGGACAGUCCAGUCUUCUGGACCAAACGUAUCAGCAUUCACCUCCUUGCCUCACAUGCCAAUGGGCUCAACCACAGCCCUGACUGUGCAUCUGUAAUUGACCCCCCACCACUUGGAGAAGACAAAGCUCCACUUCUUCCUUUUCCCCCUCAGCCCCUUGGCGUAGCCGACGUGGCCACCCACCUCUCUUCCAUCCAUCUGGGCCAGUCUGGGCAGGAGGGGCCUGAGGAAGCCAGGGAGCUGGACCCACCUCUUAGGGAUACUGGUUCAGCUACUGACCUCCUGUCAGACCAGGUUGAGACUGAAGAUGUAGAAGAAGAACUAAUAGAUGGUUUGGAAGACUGCUGUAGCCAUGAUGAAAAUGAAGAGGAGGAGGGAGACUCAGAGUGCUCCUCAUUAAGUGUUGUCUCCCCCAGCGAGUCAGUGGCAGCGAUCUCUCGGAGCUGUGUGGAAAUUCUGACCAAACCCCCUUCCAAUCAUGAGAAAGUUGUCCGACCAGCCCUUACCUAUAGUCUCUUCCCCAACGUGCCCCCGACCAUCUAUUUUGGCACUCAGGAUGAGAGAGUGGAGAAACUUCCCUGGGAGCAGAGGAAGUUCCUCCGGUGGAAGAUGAGCACAGUGACCCCCAACAUUGUCAAGCAGACCAUUGGACGGUCCCACUUCAAAAUUAGCAAGAGAAAUGAUGACUGGCUGGGCUGCUGGGGUCACCACAUGAAGUCUCCUUGUUUCCGAUCCAUUCGAGAGCAUCAGAAGCUAAACCACUUCCCAGGUUCAUUCCAGAUUGGGAGGAAGGACCGGCUGUGGCGGAAUCUGUCCCGCAUGCAGAACCGCUUUGGCAAGAAGGAGUUCAGUUUCUUCCCCCAGUCCUUUAUCCUGCCCCAGGAUGCCAAGCUCCUGCGCAAAGCCUGGGAGAGCAGCAGCCGCCAAAAGUGGAUUGUGAAGCCACCAGCAUCAGCUCGAGGCAUUGGCAUCCAGGUCAUUCACAAGUGGAGUCAGCUCCCCAAGCGAAGGCCCCUCCUGGUACAGCGGUAUCUGCACAAACCCUACCUCAUCAGCGGCAGCAAGUUUGAUCUGCGGAUCUAUGUUUACGUCACUUCCUACGAUCCUCUACGGAUUUACCUCUUUUCGGACGGACUUGUCCGCUUUGCUAGUUGCAAGUAUUCCCCUUCCAUGAAGAGCCUUGGCAAUAAGUUCAUGCACCUGACCAACUACAGUGUCAAUAAAAAGAAUGCUGAGUACCAGGCCAAUGCAGAUGAAACGGCCUGCCAGGGACACAAAUGGGCACUGAAAGCUUUGUGGAACUACCUGAGCCAGAAGGGAGUCAAUAGCGAUGCCAUCUGGGACAAGAUAAAGGAUGUUGUUGUCAAAACCAUCAUCUCGUCAGAGCCCUACGUGACCAACUUGCUCAAGAUGUACGUGCGGCGGCCCUAUAGCUGCCACGAGCUCUUCGGUUUCGACAUCAUGCUGGACGAGAACCUCAAGCCCUGGGUCCUGGAAGUCAACAUUUCCCCAAGCCUCCACUCCAGCUCUCCACUGGACAUCAGCAUCAAAGGCCAGAUGAUCCGUGACCUUUUGAACCUGGCAGGUUUUGUCCUGCCCAGUACAGAGGAUGUCAUUUCCAGCUCCAGCAGCUCUAGCAGCUCCACCACCAGGCUCAAGCGAUGCUCCUGCCUCAACCUCACAAGAAGCCAUGACUACAGCCUGCCCAGCUCCCCCAGGGACAAAUGUCAAAUGACUCCAGAGCAUUUCACUGCACAGAAGAUGAAAAAAGCCUAUUAUCUGACCCAGAAAAUCCCUGAUCAGGACUUCUACGCAUCCGUGCUGGAUGUCCUGACUCCAGAUGAUGUUCGGAUUCUGGUUGAGAUGGAAGAUGAGUUUUCUCGCCGUGGUCAAUUUGAACGAAUUUUUCCUUCUCGGAUCUCCUCUCGCUAUCUCCGCUUUUUUGAGCAGCCACGAUAUUUCAACAUUCUCACCACCCAGUGGGAACAGAAAUACCAUGGCAACAAGCUCAAAGGAGUAGAUCUGCUUCGGAAUUGGUGCUACAAAGGAUUCCACAUAGGAGUUGUCUCUGACUCUGCUCCGGUGUGGUCUCUCCCGACAUCACUUCUGACUGUCUCAAAGGGUGACGUAACGCUCAAUGCCUUCAGCAAACUGGAGACUGGCAAGCUGGGAAAACACAGCUCCUCCGAGGGAAGCCCACUGCUGUCUGAACACGGGACCACACCCAAGCCCAAGAAGACUCUGGCUGGCCUUCCCCCUUUCCCCCGGAAACCUAGUUCCUCAAAGGACAGUGAGGAUUCCAGCAAAGAGCCUAGCCUCUCCCCCCAGACGUCACCUGUGGUCAAGUACUCUGGGUGGACUCCAAGACUUUCUGCCUCCUCUUCUUCCCAGUCACCCAGUGACUCCCUCGUGGCUGCUGUGAGCCUAUAACUGGCCUCUUUCCACAAGCCUCUGCCAAGGAGCACCAGCGCCAGCUACCUCAUGGGAACCGGCCUGCUGACCAGCCUGACCUUGCCCUCCACCUUGCCCCUCAUCAGAGUAUUUUUUGAAGUGGUUGCAUUGUAGAGAUGGGUAUUUGGAGGGCUGGAGGGAUGGUGGUGAUGGGGAGAAGGUGAGGAAGUUUCACCCUCCGUCACCCAUCUGCCUGGCUGGCACCUCGUAUCUCAGUAGAGAAGCCAGUGAUGGCCACGCAGCCUUAUAAAGCAGGGUUUGGUUUCUACCUUCAGAGAGCCACGUGUGGUUUGUUUCGGGCCUUGAUGCAGUUGUUGAGUUGAAGCUAAAGAGGAGAAAACGUACUGAACAUAUUUGAGCCAGAAGUCCUCUGUUCUGCAACUGAGGGGGUGCCUCUGGAGGUCCGUAUUUCCUUAGGUCGCUCCUGCCCCCUCCCCCCUCCCCCACCCCAUCCCGAAGAACCACUUUCAGAAACCUUUGGGCUUCCUCAGUAGACAGACAGGAGAGGCCAUGACGUGUUUAGCCCAUUUCAUAUCAUCCUAAUCUUGAGGACUGGGGACUUUACCUCCAUUCAUACACCCACACAGCCAGUAGCCCUAGGUCUUCCUUUUCUGACCUCACAUUGCUAUUUCUUCAGCCUUCUAGACUUCUCUCUCGUGUAUGUAUCUCUUUAGCUAUUGGCUUUCUGUGAGGUGUGAGAGGUCCUGUGAACUUUGUGAAUUUCCCAUGGCCCCAGUGAAGGAGCCCAGAUAAUCCCAGUUGCUGUUAAUCGUGUCCAUGUAUCAAAGGACACAUUCCAUGGGGAGGGUGGAAGGAGGAUGUGGUUUCCCCACAACAUGGAAGAAGUCUCAUGUUCUGCCCUCCAGCAAGCAGGGUCUGGUGGCUUGGCAGCUGGGUUUCAGGAUUAGUCACCAUUGAACCCAGUUUUCCUAAGGGAACACAGGCCUGACUGGGUUCAAGGCCACAGAGCAGGUAGGUGUCUGCCAAUCCUAAGGCCAUGUUGCUCAAUAAUUGUAGGAUGGGCUUCCAUCCUUCCAGUCAGACCUCUGCCUAAAGUCUUGUACUUAACAGAAUCUACCUCCCUGUAGACUCAGUAAACAGUGAGUGUUGAAUAAAUGUUUACUGAGUGAACUGUACGUACAGAGACCUUGAAGGAUGUGAGCACUUGAACCAGAAGUUCUACUUUCUCACCUGGGGGAAGCACGAGGUGGGAGAGUUGCAUCAGAAAGGUAUUUUCACUGGAACCAUGCUCCUUUCUAACCCAGCGCUUGCUGCUUGCCUCCUCCCCAGCCCUUGUAGUCCCUUGACUUAGUUCGUCUAGCAGUGGCACAUACAAGCAGCCAUUUGACCCCAUGUCUCUCUGAUACACAGGUUUUCCCUUUGCAUAUCAGGCAGGAAGCUCAGCUACUCAGCUUCCCCCUGGCCUCUGGUUGCCCUCAUUCCCUCGAGCUUUGGAAAGAGACUCUCCUGCUUCAUGGCUCCUGGAGUUCUGUGGCAAGAUGGGGCGGAGCCCUGGAAAGAUCACUGAGAGGCCUGCCUGGGUUCAAGGCCACAGAGCAGGUAGCUGUCUGCCAAUCCCAAGGCCAUGCUGACAGUUGUAAAGAAAGCUUGGUGGCAAAGUCCAGGGCAGCACCUGCUGCUCAAUAAUAAGGACUUUAAAGUCGAGCUGUAGUGGGAAAGGUCCUUGACAGUCCUGUUACAUCUUUUCUGAUAUAAUUGAAGCGAACUCCCUCUCAUGCCCCCGGCUACAGUAUUCUAGUGUAGAUGAUGUGGGGAGUAUGCGACCUUCCUAAGAGAAAACCAGCUACCUGCUUAGCAGCUUUGUUGUGGCUGGUCCUCCCUGCAAGGACUUAGGCGUGGAGACGUGUUUGAGCUGCUUUACUCCUUGAAAACCAAUUUUAGCUCUUUGGUCUGAGAAUCCCCGUGCAGCACAACCAAUCCAUUUACAUGCCACAGGUGGAGAGGGGCCAGCACUGCAGCUCGGUGGGCUUGUGGGGAGGGUGGUAGGAGAGAGGGGGAGGACUUAGGAAAAGAAAUGAGCAAUGAGAAUAUAGAGGUCUCAGUAGUUAAAACAUGUUUAUACUUACACGAUUUCCAGUUUUCAUCACAUUUGAACAUCUGAUAGGUGUAGGUGUUUUGCUGGGUGGGAGAAAGGUAUGAGACUUACGUAUCACAUUUACCUUUCACUCUUGAGAGAAAAUUAAAUUGUGUAUUAAGGAUUCAGCAUAUGUACUUCUGCACCAAAUACCACAAUGUAAGGUAUUCAGCUGAAUAGGGAUUUUUUGUACAAGUUUAAGUUUGGGAGUAUAGUGAAAUAAAUAUUUUUCAGAA